CCCGCGUGAAAGAGUACAGGUUUGGAGGACAGCCCGAUGAGGACGAGCCGGAGCACCUGAACCCAGAACUGGUGGUGUUUAUUCCCGAGGUUCUGAUCGAUGGUUUUGUUUUAAAGAUACUACUAUUCUGCUCCGUACAAAUGCGUAGGAACGAAUUUGAAGGGAGCUGAAUUAAGAAGGCAGUUGUCCCGACACGAAAGAAAUACAGGGCAGGAUUUGUCGUUUUGUAUCACAGGUCCUUGAUCCCCAGUAUGGCAUGUAUGUUUGGCCCUGUGCAGUGGUCUUGGCCCAGUAUGUCUGGUUCCAUAGAAGGCUAGUUUCCAGCAAAAGGAUUUUGGAGCUUGGGGCAGGUGUGAGUCUUCCUGGGAUAGUGGCAGCAAAGUGUGAUGCAGAAGUGAUAUUAUCGGAUAAUGCAGAGUUUCCUCAGUGUCUGGACAACUGUCGAAGAAGCUGCCAGAUGAAUAACCUCUCCGGUGUGCACAUCAUAGGAGUCACCUGGGGACGUGUAUCACCGUGUUUACUGGCCUUACCUCCAGUGGACAUAAUUUUGGCAUCUGAUGUGUUUUUUGAACCAGAAGAUUUUGAAGAUAUUUUAAGUACAGUGUACUACUUAAUGAGAAAAAAUCCACAUGCACAAUUGUGGACUACUUAUCAAGUCAGAAGUGCGGACUGGUCUAUUGAAGGACUACUCUACAAGUGGGAAAUGGACAGCUUCUGUGUGCCCUUGCAAUCAUUUGAAGCAAACAAGGAACAACUGGCUGGCUCUUCUCUUCCAGGGAGACACACGAUUGAAAUGAUGGUGAUUGCUACAAAGAAAGCAGUUCAAUUAGAGACUUAGCUGUUUUGAGAAAUAACUUCCCAUUUAUAUUUUUGCAAAAAUAAAUAUUUUGACACCUAAACUGUCUACCACUAAAGUUUUUGUAAGUGGUUAUGUCAUAACAGUAUCCGUUGCAAAUUGCUUACAGCCAAUGAUUUCAAGAGAUAGCCAUCUGGCACUGUAAGGUUAGCAACUCUCUUCUGGCAUUUUAUGAUGUUCUCAAGGCUUCCUAGUCUUCUACCCCAGAUGGAAUAAUCUUCGUAUAGAGUAAAUAACCACACCAGACAUUCGGCAGCAGUGAACAAUCUGCUAUAACUCUCCAACUCCAAACCUGUUUUGGAAGGCGUCCCAAGCCCCGCCCCAGCACAUUAAAGAUGUAUGGUGGGCAUACAAGAAAAAGUUACCAAGCAUCCCUCUUCUUGCUGUUUCAUUACUUUGCUCAUGGAACAUGUCUAAACAUUAAAAACAAAGAACUGUCCAAGCCCAUAACAUAUUUACCACCUAUGGAGGCCUCAAUGAAAUUAACUAAUUAACUAAGUACCUGAGGAACAGAAAUAAAUUUCACAGGAAUGGAAUAUCACU